UGGUUAAUUCCAGCAAUAUUUAGUCAUUUACGAACACUCGAGUGCACCGGUUGAUUCUGCUCCUAAGAAAAAAUGACAAAAAUUUUAAUUUUGUCGGCUUUGCUGAUCGUUGCGACGACAGCAACUCUUGGCUACGAAGUUCCAAAGGCUGAAUUUAAAAUAUUCUAUCCAAAAGGAUUUGAAGUUUCUAUACCUGCUGAAGAAGGUGCCACAUUGUUUGCUUUCCAUGGAAAACUUAACGAAGAAAUGGAUGGCUUGGAAGCUGGACGAUGGGCUAGAGAUAUCUUAAAGCCCAAAAAUGGUCGAUAUAUUUUCAAAGACCGUGAGACAAGUUUAAAAUUGGGAGACACUAUUUACUAUUGGACUUAUGUUAUCUAUAAUGGAUUGGGUUACAGAGAAGACGAUGGAGUUUAUGUAGUAACAGCUUAUGAAAAUGAUAGUGGUUCUAAGACUCCACCUGUUACCCCUCCUCCAUCUCAACCAUCUGGAUCAGAAGAUCCCUCAUGUCGUUCCAGUGUUACAAGAAUGAACAAUGAUUUACCUGUUCGAUGUGCUGGCCAGAUUUUGUUUGAGGAAGAUUUCAAUAGUAACAAUUUGGAUUCCGCCAAAUGGAUGAUGGAGAGACGAUUCACAACUCAGCCAGAUCAUGAAUUUGUUGUUUAUUUGCUAAAUAGUGAUGUGCUAAAAAUCCGAAAUAGUGUGGCGAAAAUUAAGCCAAUUUCUACUACAAGUGUGUAUGGAGAUAAUUUCUUGAGGAGGGAAUUUAAUUUGGGAACAAAUUGUACCGGAAUCAUCGACACAGAAGAUUGUAGCCGGGCUGCAAGGACCUAUGAUAUUCUGCCUCCUUUCAUAUCGUCUCAAUUCUCAACUAAAAAUUCUUUCACUUUCAAAUAUGGUAGAGUAGAAAUUCGUGCUAAAAUGCCAAAUGCUCCUUGGGUGUUCCCACAACUAUUCCUCGAUCCAGUCAAUACUCGGUAUGGCUCAAAGAACUACCAAUCUGGACAAAUGCGAGUGGCCUUGAGUCGCAGCAGUGGUGGAGAUUUGGCCAACGAACUUUUCGGUGGCGUUAUCAUCAAUGCUGAAGAGCCCUUUAGAAAUGAGAAAAUGUGCAAGAGAAGUGGUUCUCCAAUUGAUUGGUCAGCUGACUUCCAUGUGUUUACUUUAGAAUGGUUGCCAAGUAAAAUUGUUGUUAGUGUGGAUACUGAAGAAUAUUGUACUAUUGAAACACCAGAAAAUGGAUUUUCGAAUUUGCAAGUGGAUGGUAAAUCGCUACCAAAUAAAGAAUAUUUGGAAACUGGGUCAAAAAUGGCACCUUUCGAUCAAGAGUUUUAUAUCAGAUUGGGAUAUGGUAUUGGUGGACAUAAAGAUUUUCCAGAUGAUACAACAUUAUGGCUGAAGGAGAAACCUUGGAGAAAUGGACAUCCCAAGGCAAUGAAACAUUUCUGGGAUAAAAAUAAGAGAAAUUUGAAUCAAUGGUUGGGGCCUUCUGCAGCUCUAGAAAUUGAUUACGUUAAAGUAUUUGCAGUAUAGGUUAAA